CCUGCUUCGAUCCAAGUUAGCCAUAAUGGGAUAAUGGUUUGAACGAUCCACUGGAUUUUUCGUCGUUUUCUACUGGAUCCACGUCGUUCAUUAAAUGACUGCAAAGAAGGCAGUGGUCGAGUUACUUGACCACUUGUGUAAGAUUUGCAGGAGCAAAAGGCAAAGUGAAAUUGGGACACGACAGGAUAACAAAUGGGGAUUUCAGUGGAUCAGGCGUGUGCCGAAUUUUCUCUGAAAGUAUUUAAACUUUCAGAUGUAUUUUAAACACCACAUGGGGAUCCUGGCUAGCCCUAGCUAUAGAAGCUAGUGAAAAACAGUUCAAUCUGACCUGGAGGUUGUUUGUCCUGCAUCUCAGAGGAAUUUUUUUUUAAACAGAAUCUUUCGCACGCUGAGUUUGUUUGCUGGGCACUAGAGGACAUGCAUGACAAUUUAGUGUUGUGCAAGGCAAAGUGUAAAAAUAUCGGACACUCUCGUUUCUCGUUACAUUGCACGCAAAACAACAUACAAGGUCCUCCUUUUUUGCCUCGAGGAUAUGGUUUUUCAACCAGAAGAAGAAAAAUAUGCUUCAAAACGCCUCUGGCGUAAAUUAUGGCUGUUUUCCCAUCAUCUGUUUCCGGUCGUCACCGUUCGUUUUUUCCCGUUUCGUGGGCGUGAAUGCAGUUGAGCAUGAAGUGAAACACAGGUAGAAAGUUUACACUACCGCUGCUAGUUGACACUUCACCAGUCGAUCGCCGGCAACGUUACAUUCUUCCCAGAAAGCGGCUUCUCUUGUUCUACAGCACCUGUUUGUUCUGCUAACUCAGUCACACUCAAGUAACUACACCACUUAUAGGACUCCCCAAGCCAUACCAACCAAAUGGAACCGAAUCUUCCUACCGUAUAUCCUGUUACAAUGUUCGAUGCCAAAGCCGACGCCGAUGCCCUUCAUAAAGCAAUUGCUGGUUUAGGCACUGACGAAGAAGCUCUCACGACCAUUCUUUGCCAUCGAAGCAGUGAUCAACGCGCAGCAAUCAAUCUAGCCUACAAGACAAGCUAUCGAAUGGAGUUGGAAUCUCAACUAAAAACCGAGUUGAGUGGCUCAUUUGGAGAUAUAAUUGUUGCCCUUUGCCUACCAAAGGCGGAAUUCAUGGCGCGGGAAAUGUACGAAGCAAUGAGUGGAAUAGGAACUAGCGAAGGGAGGCUGAUUGAGAUACUCGGCAACGGAACUAACCAGGAGACACGCGAAAUGAGUGCUGCCUACCAACGAUUGUACGGUCAUCCUGUGCAAGACGAUAUCAAAGGAGAUACUUCUGGUGACUUCGAAUCGCUGCUUCUUUCCCUGGUUCAGUGUCAAAGGGACGAGACGCAGAAGGCCGACGUGGCGCAAGCUAAAGCAGAUGCUCAACGUUUGUUUGAAGCCGGAGCGGCCAAACUGGGGACUGAUGAAAAGGUAUUUUAUUCUAUUCUAACAACUCGUAGCUGGGCUCAAUUACGUCAAACUAUUGCCGAGUAUGAGAGUAUGCAUGGCCAUUCUUUGGAAAGUGCUGUGACUAGCGAGUUCUCGGCUAACGCUCAACGGGGCAUUUUAGAACUACUGCAGUGUGCCGAAAAUCGACCUGGAUACCUUGCCGAGCGUUUACACAAGGCACUAAAAGGAUUAGGCACCAACGAUCGCAACCUUAUUCGUCUGAUCGUCAGCCGCUGCGACGUUGAUCUUGGCAACAUUAAAAGGGAGUACGAAAAAAAAUUCGACACAAGUCUUCAAGCGGAUGUUUCGGAUGAUACGUCUGGUGACUAUAAAAAGGCUCUUUUAACUCUUAUUGGCUGAGAACCGGAAAAAUAUUUGCCUUUGUUCACGGGAAACCGUUGUACUGCGUUAUCCAUUCGCUAUUUCAACGACGUUCUACCUUACGUCAUCUAUUUAAUCAACUGUCCAUCCAGGAUUUUUCUAUCUAUCAUUUAUUGACUUAAUAGAAGAAAAUAGAAAACAAUUGAACCAAUUAA